AUGGCCUCCCGCCUAUUUUCCAGCGCUUUAAAAAGCUCCAUUCGCCGUAGUUUGGGCAGUCAGUUCAUUCGACCAUUUGCUACAGAGACCAAUUUCUCACAACCUAUAUGGCGCUCGACGGUUUUGCCGAAUGGCUUGACAGUUGCCACUGAAUCAAAUCCUUUCGUGCAAACGGCAACAGUGGGAGUAUGGAUAAAUGCAGGCAGUCGUGCUGAGACAGCACAAAACAAUGGCGCUGCACACUUCCUUGAACAUAUGGCUUUCAAGGGAACAAAACAUCGCAGCCAACAUCAAUUAGAACUUUUUAUCGAAAAUAUUGGUGCCCAUCUUAAUGCCUACACUUCGAGAGAACAAACAGUUUAUUAUGCAAAGACGAUUAAAAAUGAUGUACCGGUUGCGGUUGAGAUCCUUUCUGACAUUAUUCAAAAUUCCACGCUGGAAGAGGAUGCGAUUAACCGUGAACGAGAUGUGAUUUUAAGAGAGCAAGAGGAGGUAGAUAAAUUGCACGAAGAAGUAGUCUUUGACCACUUGCAUGCCACUGCUUUUCAAGGUCAUUCUUUGGGUCGAACUAUUCUGGGUCCCAAAGAGAACAUACUAUCCUUGAAACGGAACGAUCUCGUAAACUACAUUGCUGAAAACUAUACGGCUGAUCGUAUGGUACUCGUCGGUACUGGUGGGAUAGAUCAUGAAGAACUAGUCAAGUUAGCUGACAAACACUUUUCAGGUUUGUCUGGGAAAUCUUCAGACCCGUUAACUGCCAAACACGGAGAAGCGCCAAAGUUUACCGGAUCUGAAGUUCGAAUUCGGAAUGAUGAAUUACCUCAGGCCCAUAUCGCACUCGCCGUCGAAGGCGUUGGAUGGACGUCACCCGAUUAUUAUCCGUUAUUAGUUGCCCAAUCUAUAAUUGGCACGUGGGAUCGUUCGCUAGGAUCUGCUCCAAACUUGUCAUCUCGUCUGUCAUAUUUUAUUCACAAACACAAGUUGGCUAAUUCAUUCCAAGCUUUUCAUACAAGUUAUAGUGAUACUGGACUAUUUGGCAUUUAUCUUAUAUCUGAAAACAAAAAUCAGUUGGAUGACUUGGUACAUUUCACUUGCAAGGAAUUCUGGAGAUUGUACACAUCUGUUACCGAAGCCGAAGUUGAGCGUGCCAAACAGCAACUAAAGGCUUCUUUAUUGUUAUGUCUUGAUGGCACAACAGCUGUUGCUGAAGAUAUUGGUCGACAACUUAUAACCACUGGAAAGCGCCUUACCCCAGAAGAUGUCGAUGUUACUUUAUCUAAAAUAACUGUUAACGACAUAAGACGUGUUGCCGGGGAGUACUUAUGGGACCAAGAUGUUGCUGUUGUUGGACUUGGUCCAGUCGAAGCCCUGCCUGAUUAUAAUCGUACGCGUGGGGACAUGGCUACGGAUCUUUUUUAA